AUGUCGGAGCUCAUUUCAAUCACUACACCCCUGCGAGAGUUCAAAGGUCAUGAAGGCUUCGUAACGGCAAUCGCAGUGUUUCCUGAUAAAAGAUGGAUGGUUACGGGCUCAUGGGACAAUAUGCUUCGUCUGUGGGACUUGAAGACAGGUGUGAUGUUGAAGCAGAUGGAGGGGCAUCGCAAUUUGGUGCUGGCAUUGGCAGUAUCACGAGAUGGGCAAUUGAUAGCAAGCGGUGAUAGAGACGGCGACAUCAUCGUCUGGCACGGAGAAACUGGCGAAUCACUCACCAAAAUCAAAGCCCACUCCAAUCAAAUCUCCUCGCUGGAUUUGUCUCCCGAUGGGACAGUGCUGGCCACUAGUGGAUAUGACGACAGAAUAAUAAAACUGUGGAACACCAAAAUCUUGGGGCAACGAGGAGACCCGAUUGCAAUUGAGUGUCGCGAUGUCCAUUGCGUACGGUAUUCGCCCUCUGGAGAACUUCUUGCCAUCGCAACAGACAAGAAUAUCCAAAUUUAUAAUACAGCCACCAGGAAAUGUAUCACAUCCCUCAACGCUCACAAAUACAACUUCUUACUCGCAUGGAUGCCCGAUGGCACACGCCUUCUCGCAGGUGGCAGUGGUUCUGAUCCUACCAUACGUGAAUGGGAUGCAACAACCUGGAAGCAGGUCGGCGAUCCUUGGACGGGCCACCUUAACCAUAUCAGUGCCAUUGCUAUUCAUCCUGCUGGCACACUCGUCGCAUCCGCAUCCCAUGACAAACAUGUCCGUCUCUGGCGGCUCUCAGAUCGACGAACCGUUGCCACCUUCAAGCCCUCAUCUACCCAGUUCUGCAUCACUUUCUCCGUGGACGGUAAUCACAUCCUCAGCGGAGGUGAAAAUCAGAUGAUCUCGGAGUGGACAACACCUCAGGGUUUCCAUCCAAAGGCAUGUUUCCCCAUCACGAGAGCUCGUGAUGCAUGCAUAGAUGGGCACUUGUCUACUGCCGAAGAACUACUCACGCAAGAUAUCAACACCGAUGACAACAACCAUACUUCCUAUGCCCAUCGCUCAUUCGUGAUGGCCCGACAAAACAACUGGGAUCACGCCAUUCAGGAUGCUAUCAAGUCCAUCAGCAUUCAGCCCUCAUUGACAGGGUACAUCUCCAAGGGUAUUGCCCUCUGCGGAAAAGGCCGUGUCCCGGAUGCAAGGGCAGCAUUUGAUGUUGCAUCAAUGUACACGGACAAAGAUUCACAGAUCCUCCAUUUCCUGCUCUUGAUCAAAGUCAUUGCCCUCUUCAAUGCAGAUCAACAUGACGAGGCCAAUAUGCUCCUCAAAGAACUCGCUGCUGGUUGUCCGAAUACUGAUGCUCUCGCGUGUGAUGUCGUGCAAGCAUAUCUGCGUGUUCAACUCGGAAUCAAGGCCUUGGAUGGCGCACGUCACGAAGAAACCGCUGACCAUUUCGCCGCUGUCCUCAACUCCAGCGCUUUCUCAUCGAGUUCACCCAUUCAUUUUAUGUACGAGGACUUGGUAGUGGUGCGUGAAUACACACCCGAAAUCCUUUUCAUAACCGAGUCCCUUGUCCAGCUCUUCGGCUGGGAUAUCAAAUCAUUGUGGUUCACUGCAAACCAGAAACGUUGCGAUGCACUCCUUCAGGCAGGCAAACUUCAAGAUGCUGUCAGAUCAUACCGGUACAUGAUGGGCAAUAUCGAUGAAACGACAAAGGCCAGCUGCCUUCAAUGGUUCAACGGCAAGUCUCCAGUUCCUUUCACGGAAAAAUGCAGCGCGCUUUCACUUACCAGCGGGGAUGCUGCCUUCGCUGCAAGCGACUAUGACAGGGCUAUUGCCCUUUACUCGGCAGUGAUCGAACUGAAUUCUGCGUCUGAUGCUGUCUUUGCAAAUCGUAGUAAGGCAAAGUUAGCUAAAAUGCUAUGGGAGGACGCGCUUCUCGACGCGCAAAAGGUGACCGAGCUCAAUCCUUCAUCUCACGUUGGAUACCAGUUGACACAUGCAGCGCUGCGUGGCGCGCAACGUUACGACGAAGCCAUUAAAGCCUUCAAAAUUAUGUUGUCCAAGUUGGACAAUUCUCCCGAAGUGCAGACGCAAGAACUGCUCCGGCAGUAUGUCUGUCCAUCCGAAGCAGAAGCCGCUAUUCAAAGAGCUGUUUGGAUUGAACUCGAAUAUGCACCGCUACGUCUACUUAAUACUUCUACGGGUCUUCCGUGCGAUCGAGCGGCACAAAUAAACGCCUUCAAAAUGAGUGCAGAGUACAAGGAGCUUUUGUCAAUCACAACGAAGCAUUCAGACCUCCAAAUGGGCCGCAUCAAGGAAAUGGUAGCAAUAUACUUCCGCUGCGUCAUGUUAUCACACAGGUGGGAAGAGAAAGAGGCGCUGCUGCACGACAUCCAGGAUAGAGAUGUGCGCGAGUUGAAUGGACCUGACGGCAUGGCGAAGCUGCAGUCGUUCUGCAAAGUCGCUCGUGAUGCUGGGUAUCGUUGGGCGUGGAUGGACACAUGCUGCAUCGACAAGAAAAGCAACACCGAGCUUCAAGAAUCGGUCAACUCCAUGUUCGUCUGGUACCGCCAUUCAGCGCUCACCAUCGUCUAUCUAUGCGAUGUCCUUCCUUCAUCCCCGCCCGGUGCACUGUCGAGGAGUGUUUGGAACAAGCGUGGAUGGACCUUUCAAGAAUUCCUCGCUCCGAAAGUUGUUAUCUUUUAUCGGAAGGAUUGGUCAUUAUAUCUCGACGAUCGCUCUCCCAACCACAAAGAGUCCCCUGCCAUCAUGAAGGAGUUGGAGGAUGCGACGGGGAUAGAUGCGCAGACCCUGGUGGCCUUCCGCCCAGGCAUGAGCGGCGCCCGAGAGAAACUGCAAUGGGCAUCGAAGCGCGUCACCACCGUGCAAGAAGAUGUCGCGUACUCAUUAUUUGGCAUCUUCGGCAUCACACUACCUGUCAUUUAUGGCGAGAAGAAGCAUAACGCGCUCGGGCGGCUCCUGCAGGAGAUCGUGGCUCGGUCGGGCGACAUCUCUGCUCUCGACUGGAUCGGAGAACCCUCCGAGUUCAAUAGCUGUCUUCCGGCCCAUAUCACCUCCUACGCCGCUCUUCCAUGCACCCUUUCACCUUUGUCUGAAGAUCAUAUUCACACGCAAGUCUUUUCGCUGCGACAAACCGUGGCCGCAGAUCUAGCAUUGAAAUUUUAUAAUCAGCUUGAACAGCUUAGAGCUCCUCGCUUUUCAAACUGCAGACUUCAUCUUCCUUGUAUUUCAUUCCGUGUCACAGAAGUCAGACGGAGGCGCGGUCUAGCCCAGGAGACUCCCAUCACUUAUGGAAUCAAGGCAGAAGGGCUUCACGACCUGCUGGUCACCACUGAAGAGGCCCUAGUUCAGUUCUCGCGGGCAAAGCCCAUUCGGCGGACGUUCUUGCUUGUCCGUCCAUGGGAUCGGCAUCUCCUCGGGGUACCUGACUUUGCAGAGCAGUCUGACUUUGCUGAUGAUACAGAGAGUAUAGGAGAUUGGACCGAGCCCGGGUCCCCGAUGGACUACUCCGAAGAGUUACCAGGCGAUUCGCCUGUUGAAGAGGAGCCUGGUUCACCAGCGUUGCAGCUAAUGGUUCGCCUCGGACAGCCUUUCGACGCAUUUUUGCUAGCGCAGCAGCGUAUCGGAGAAUACAAGAGGAUCGCAUCGGACUAUAACAUCGUUGCACAAGUCAAGGACAUUGCAUCGGUUGAUAACAUGGACGUCGAUACUAUAGAAAUACUGUCACAUUCAUCGAGCAAUUUCUCUUCCGUCAUCAUGCAUCAGCCCCGGACCUGCAAGAAACUCGUUAUCCGCGUUGCGAGAGUCACCGACAAGUGGAAGCACCCAUGCAAAGACUGUUGA